GUUCGAAUCCGUUGCGCGUUCUAUGACUUCACUUAUCGCCGAAGGAGGUCAGCGACUUACGAUCGGCUCGACAGUCACCAUUGCGACGACAGGCCCAUUCAGUCCAAUUGCUAGUGCAUACUUGCUACGUCAAGCACUCGAUAUUGAGAAAUUCAAAGGACGUAUAAUGCACGCUUACGAUUACAGAGAUCCUAAAGGGUUCGAGGAUAAAAACGUGUUCCUGCUCGGAAUUGGGAAUUCGGCCCUAGAUAUUGCCGUGGACCUUGCAAAAGUUGCCAAAUCUGUAACGAUUUCAACAAGACGUGGUACAUGGAUUUUUAAUAAGGUGGCAGCCUGUGGAAUGCCUUAUGAUACUCUCUACAUGACAAGGUACUAUGACUGGUUCAUGGACAAUAUUCCCUGGACGGUGGCCAACGAUUUCAUGGAACAUAUAGUGCAACAGAGAAUGGACCACGAAUUGUAUGGACUCCGACCGAAUCACAGGUUCUUCCAACAACACCCAACAGUCAACGAUGUACUAGGAAAUUACAUUUGUUCUGGAUAUAUAACAAUUGCUGACGAUAUUGACACCUUCACUGCUGAUAAGGUGAUAGUGAAAAACGGCAGGAGCUACGACUGUGACAUUCUUAUCACGUGCACUGGGUAUACAUUUGGAUUCCCUUAUCUGGACAAGAAUAUCAUAAACAUUGAGCAUCACGAAGUUCCACUUUACAAAUUCGUCUUCCCUCCCAACAAUACAAAUCUAGCCGUGAUCGGGAUGAUCCAGCCAAUUGGAAGUAUUGUCCCCAUUUCCGAAAUGCAGGCUCGCUGGGUAUCGCAGGUAUUCCUCGGGAAGCUCAACCUCCCUUCAAAAGAUAAGAUGUUGGAAGACAUCGCCUUGAAGAGGCAAGCAAUGAAGCGACGAUAUUUCCAGAGCGAAAAACAUACGAUACAGGUUGACUACGUAAAGUACAUGGAUGAGAUUGCUUCAAUCAUUGGCUGCAAGCCUGAUCUUUGGAAGUUUGCGCUUUCCGAUCCGAGAUUCGCCCUACGCUUAUUCAUGGGAGCAAAUGUGCCCUAUGUCUACCGGCUAGUAGGACCGAACAAGUGGGAAGGCGCUGAAGAUGCACUUACGCUCAGUGCCGUACCGAAUAAAGAAGCCUCUCAAAGCUCGAGAAUGCAGAAUGCGAAAGCACAAACGUCGUGGAGUCAUGGCUCGCUGGGUAUCGCAGGUAUUCCUCGGGAAGCUCAACCUCCCUUCAAAAGAUA